GUACGAAAUAUCUAACGUUUUGUUUACCUUCGUUAUUUACGAUAGAUAUACUCGACACGCAGAAGCGAACCUAUAUUGCAAUAUCAUUAAAAGUGAUCACUCAAUAAUAUCAUAUGGAACGAUUAAAACCUCAUUUAUCUGCUAAAGAAAAAAGAGAUCGGAAAAAAAAUCGGACUAAAAAUAAUGUUAUUGGUGGUCCCAGUACCAGUACUUUUGUCACCGAUCAUUAUACAUGGCCGGAUCUUUUGGAAUCUAUGAAUCGUCGCACCAAAAAUGGAUUUUCCUCGACAUCAAAUAAACGUUCACCCGUGGAGAAGGCUAAAAUUCCAUCAAAUACAUAUUUAGCCAACAAAGAAAAAAGAGAUCGAACUAUCAAUCCGACUAGCCAUGGUAUUGGUGCUCCCAGUACCAGUACUUCUGUCACCGUUUAUAAUACGUUACCGGACCUUUUGGAAUCACAACAACGGCAACCCAACAAUAAUCAAAUUGAAGACAAAAAAUCAUCACUGGCCUGCAUAUCUCCGAUUACUUUUUCUGGAUCUAUUGUUGCCAACCCUGCUAAAAAAAAGAGAGAGCGUUUCCGCAUAUUGAAGUUGAACACUAAUGGUAAUGAUGUUCAAAUUUCAAAGUAGAUUUAUUGGUAUUCAUUUCUACCAUAUUCUUGAUAAACAAAAUUCAAUAAAAUACAUGGAACUUGCCAAAAUCAUAAAACAACUU